AUGGCCGUAGCGACGAGGACAAUGUCGAAAACAGCUGCGGGAAAGAACGGCAAGCUGCAGACGACCGACGCCGAGAUCAAGACGGACGCCAAUGGCCCCAAGGACUUUUUCUGGACAUAUACUGAAGAGCCGCACCGGACGCGACGUCUCGAGAUCAUCAAGAAGCACCCCGAGGUCACAAAGCUUUGCGGUCCCGAGCCCCUCACCAAAUAUCUAGUCAUCGCCGUCGUAGCCCUCCAAGUCGCACUCGCCGUUUACCUGCAAUCGACGCCCUUUUGGUCCCUCAAGUUUUGGGCCAUUGCAUACGUAAUUGGCGCCACAGCAAACCAGAAUCUUUUCCUCGCCAUUCACGAAAUCUCACACAAUUUGGCCUUCAAGAAUCCCAUGGCGAAUCGUCUCCUCGCCAUUGUUGCCAACCUGCCCAUCGGCAUCCCCUACAGCGCCUCCUUCCGACCCUACCACCUAACCCAUCACAAGUCUCUUGGCGUCGAUGGCCUCGAUACCGAUCUGCCUACCGCCCUCGAAGCCUUCUUCCUUGACUCCAUCUUCGGCAAGGCCUUUUUCUGCACCUUUCAAAUCUUCUUCUACGCCAUCCGGCCCAUGACCGUUUACCGCGUCCCCCUCACGCGCAUUCACGCCCUCAACAUUGCUGUCCAGGUCGCCUUUGACGCCGUUCUCAUCCACUACACCUCGUCAAAGGCUCUGCUCUACCUGCUGCUCUCAUCGUUUCUCGCCGGCAGUCUGCACCCCGUCGCCGGCCACUUCAUUGCCGAGCACUACGUGUACGAGACGGUCACGCCCACCCAGCGCGACCCUGCCAACAAGAUUCCCGUUCCCGAGACCUUUUCCUACUACGGACCCCUCAACUGGUUCACCUACAACGUCGGCCUGCACAACGAACACCACGAUUUCCCCGCCAUCCCGUGGACUCGUCUGCACAAGGUCAAUCGCAUCGCCAGCGAAUUCUACGACGACCUUCCUCGCCACGAGAGCUGGGUCUAUGCCAUCUGGCGCUUCAUUUGGGACGAUAGCGUUGGCAUGAACUGCCGCGUCAAGCGUCAAAACGGCGGUCGCCUUGUUGGCGGGGCUGUGAGCUGGAAGGAGUCUGAAAUCCAAGCAUAG